GACUUGACUUAAAAGUCAAUGGUAAACUAGCUCUAGGUAACAAGGCACCUCUAGGUAAACAAGUUCUAGGUUAUCGAUGUGCCAAUUGAAUAUAAUGAUAGUAUUUUAUUUGAUAACAUUAACUGGGAUCACUUUUACAUGCUAUGAAGUUUGUUCUAAACAUGUAAAAUAUAAACCUGUUGUUAUAGUACAUGGAAUAUUGACCAAUUACUCAACAAUAACUGAUCUUGCUGAUCGCAUAUCUGAGAUGCAUCCUGGAACAAAAGUAUACAUUACAAAUCAGUUUGGAGGAUUCUGGAGUCUUGAACCAAUGUGGCAUCAAGUUAGUAAAAUUGGUGCUGAAAUAAUGCAAAUUUGUGCAAUCCAUCCUGAAGGAAUCCACUUAAUUGGGUAUUCUCAGGGCGGACUUAUUGCCCGAGGCAUUUUAGAAAAGUAUCCCGAUCACAAUGUCCAUAAUUUCAUCUCACUCAGCUCUCCGCAAGGAGGCGAAUAUGGAGUCAAGUUUUUACACCUUUUCUACCCCGAUGUGGCUUUGAAGGAGGCUUACGAAUUGUUCUACUCUCAUGUGGGACAACUCACAUCAGUCGGCAACUACUGGAAUGAUCCCCAUCACCAGGACUUGUAUUUUAAAUUCAACAACUUCUUACCACUCAUUAACAACGAGGCAGACGACUAUCAGGAUGAGUUCAAGCGAGGAAUUGCCAAAUUGAGAAACCUAGUGUUGAUUGGAGGACCAGAUGAUGGUGUCAUCUCGCCAUGGCAGUCCAGUCAGUUUGGCUGCUACGAUGAAAAUGAAGAUGUGAUUGACAUGUUUGACCGGGACAUUUACAAGCAAGACCUGUUUGGACUCAAGACGCUUGACGAGGCAGGCAAAUUGACACGGUACAUGGUGGCAGGCGUACCUCAUCACAAAUGGCACAGUAAUCUGUCCGUCAUUGAUCACUACAUACUGCCAUGGCUUAGCUGAUUGGUUGUGCAAAUCUACUUCAUUAUUCUGGGUGGGCAAACAGAACGGUAAUGUAUACUAAUAUCAUAGAUUAAACAUACUCUCUUAGUAGAUUUUUCAUCCUUAUGGAUCAGCUGAAGCCAGUUUUAUUGUUAGUUCCGUCUGGUGCUGUCAGGAUCGUGUUUUUGUUUACAAUUUUUUUUUAUUAUUUCAGCUUAUAUAAUUAUUUAACCCUUUGCGGUCGAAUGGCAAGUAUAGGUCGCCGCCCGCCAUUUUGCCGACUGCUCAAAAAUGGCGACCUACAAGGACCAUAAAAAAAAAAUUAUUCAAAAAUCAAAAAAGUAAUUUUUUUGGUUGAAUGGCGAGUAUAGGUCGCUGGGCGCCAUUUUUCUGACUACUUGAAUGGCAAGCUAAAUUCGCCAGAAAAUGUGGAAAAAAUUUGACCUCAAAGGGUUAACCAAAUAAAGCAAUAAGUCGUCCUCUAGUUAAGCAACCAAACAGUAAAGCACAAAUCGUGAAAUUAACCCUAAAAUUAUGAACUAGACACAAAAACAAAAUUACAAUUACAAUGGGAUGAGAAGUCUACUGUGUUGGUGUAGCGUUCCCAUUUCAAUUGAUAAUAAUAAUAAUAGUCUUAAGCUAAUAUAUUCAUACUCACGGAUUAGACAUUAUCUUACUCCUGAUUAUUCAUGGGUUAGGUUUUAGCAUUCUAUAAGAUUUGAAUUUGAUGAUGUUUAAGUAUAAUACCAUAGACAAAAAGAAUUAAAUAUAGACUUUCAGCCAUGCUGCGGUUACCAUAGGUUUCGGUGCACACCGCUGUAGUUUAUGUAGCGUGUACGCCGUAACUACAUGGCGCUCCAAGCGGUGUGCGCCAGAACCUAUGGUAACCGCAGCACAGCUGUCUAUAUUUGAUUCUUUUUGUCUAUGAUAAUACUGUAAUUUAAUCAAGUGAAUUUAUUUUGUCAUUGGUUAAUACUAUAAUGUUUUUUGCUGUGAUUAUUUGUGACAUUUAAUUUAGUCAAUGUUUGACUGAUACUUUAAUAAUUAAUUUAAGAUCACUCUACAAUGAGAAUAAACAUAACAGAUGGUUCUAUUUGGUUAAAAAAGCUAAAACUUGUCUUAAAAAGUAAAGUUCAAAUUAAAUAUUGAUAGGAUAAUAAUAUUCCACUUGAUCUUGCUUAUAGUAUACGUGUGAUGAACAAAUAUAAAAACUAUUUUAUGCAUAAUUACUGUACACGUACACAAUGUAAAGUUAUACAGUAGAACCCCUCACCCUGAGGACCAGGAGUAUAACGGCAAAUAAACUAAUUGGGUGUGCUACUAGCCUAGUGUCUCGGGCUUUGGUGAGGGAGGGACGGGUUUUGAUUCCCGGCACAUCCACUUAACCUUAAUAUGGGUUUGAACCACUUGCCUUCAAAAGCGUUUGAACUCACAUUGAUUUCUAGUAAAAAAUUCCAGUGAAUACAGUAGUGUAUAAUACAUAUCGAAUACAUAUUUUUAUUUCAGUAUUAUUUCGCUGUGCCAGUAUAAUGCACGUUUAUUUAGACCUGCAACGGUUUUUAAUGACUUCAGACGACAAAGUCGUAGACAUAAUUUUGUACGAAUAGUACCUAAACUUGAGCUUGAUAAAAUGUUUUUACAGUAUAUUAUAUAACUUAUUUUAUGACAUUAUAGACUAUAUUUUAUAAUAUCAUGGAAAUUGUAGGCCUAAAUGCUUAAUUUUAUAACGCCUUGGACAAAUUAAACACCACGAGCAAUCCUUGGUCCACUGGUGCUAUUCUUCAAUACGAUUUAAAACUAUAUUAGGUAAAACCUUAUAAGUUAUGCUAAGGAGUAAUAUAUGCCUCUAAAGUUACUACAGUUACAAGCUUUUUCCAACAACUUAAUAUUAUCAUUUAAACUAUUAUUAUAUCUUGUUACAUCUUAUUAUUGUGUUUUGUUAAAUGUUUAUCAAAAGUUUAGAUAAAGAAAUUGAUCU